CUCAGCGCCAGAGCUGUUGGGCAGGCCACGACCUCAGCCCGAACUACCUUCAAUCUGUCGCAAGCCAGGACCUUUGCCAGUGGUCUGCAUCGAGAGGACAAGAGGACGGCCAUUGUCACUGGUGCGAGUCGUGGAAUCGGCAAGGCAAUCGCUCUUCGUCUAGCCCAAGACGGCUACGAUCUAUGCAUCAACGAUGUCGAAGCCAACAAGCAGGGCAUUGACGACGUCGUCAAUCAAGUCAAAGCAGCAGGCGUCAAUGCUGUAGGUGCCGUCGGCGACGUCUCGGUUCUCUCCCAGGUUGAGUCUGUUAUACAAACCAGCGUCAAAGAACUGGGACCUCUGAACACAAUGAUUGCGAAUGCUGGAAUCGCCCAAGUCAAGCCUUUGCUGGACCUGACGACCGAGGAUUUCGAGCGCAUGUUCAGAAUCAACGUCUUCGGUGUACAGAAUUGUUACAGCGCUGCAGCACGGCAGAUUAUCUCGCAGGGCAAUGCUACUACUGAGGCACCCUGCAAGAUGCUGGCUGCAGCCUCGAUUGUCGCUUUCAAACCCUUCGCUCUCCUCUCACACUAUUCGGCGUCCAAGUGGGCCGUCAGAGGACUCACACAAGCUUAUGCGAUGGAGAUGGCCGAACAUCAUAUCACCGUGAACUCUUAUGCACCAGGCAUCGUGGGUACGGCCAUGUGGGACCUCAUCGACGAGGAGCUAGGCAAGAAGCGCGGCAAUGAUCUGGGACAGUAUACUGAUGAGUUGAUCGCACUCCAGCGGGUAUCCGUUCCGGAAGACGUGGCAAAGCUAGUGUCCUUCCUUGCUGGUCCAGACAGCGAUUAUAUCACAGGACAGUGCCAGGUCGUGGAUGGCGGUAUCAUCUUCACA